UUAUUACUCGGAGAAAACCAGGCACUGUGCAACAGGAGGGAAUUUUGCAGUGGAUAUAGAUUUUGCGACUGCCGGAGUUCACACCACCCCAAUUCAGUUUCGCAGUUCGCUUUAGCUACGCCUCACCGGACACCCGUCUAGAAAGAGAGCAAGAGAUGGAGAGUGGCAGUGAAACACAGUUUCUCUUAAACCCUAAGAGUGGAAGCGCGGAGGAAGAAAACCCUAAACCAAAAGCAAAGCCGAAGGUAGUGGUCGUCAUGGGGCCAACUGGUUCUGGCAAAUCUCGACUCUCCGUUGACCUAGCUUCCCACUUCCCAAUCGAGAUUAUCAAUUCUGAUUCUAUGCAGGUUUACAAAGGAUUAGAUGUUCUCACCAAUAAAAUUCCCCUUGAAGACCAGAAAGGAGUGCCGCAUCAUCUUUUGGGCAUAGUUAGCCCAGACAUUGAAUUCACAGCAAAGGAUUUUAGGGAUGCUGCUAUUCCUGACCUGUGUUCGAAGAGGACUUUUGGCAGGGGAUAUGAGCACGAUGGCCUCUACUACUUUAGGGAUCCUCCACCGACACCUCCUCCACUUGCAUCAAGCUUCCUUCAAGCCUCUGUUCUUCCAAUUUAUAGGUCUUAUGAUUUUUCUUUUCAGACUAAGUUUAUGCUAAUCAAGGACAUAUUGUCCCGCAAUCGUGUGCCAGUCAUUGUUGGAGGUACAAAUUACUAUAUCCAGCAUGGUAUGUAUUUAUGCUUUUCUUCUGUUUACCGCACUCAGGCUCUUCUGAGUCCAUUCCUUCUGGAUGAUUCAGUAGAAGAUAUGGACAAAAACUGCUCAAGCAACCCUCCUGGAGAUAAAAUACCAGAUUCUGUACUGGAAUUAGGACCGACUAGUUUCAGUUAUAAUUAUGACUGUCUUAAAGAUCUUGAUCCAAUUGCGGCAAAUAGAAUUCAUCCAAAUGACCAAAGAAAGAUCAAUAAAUACUUAAGCUUGUAUGCUAGUUUUGGUGUUCUUCCCAGCAAACUACUUCAGGAGACGGCCAUGGAGAACUGGGGUCGUGUUGAUAAUUGUAGAUAUAAUUGCUGUUUUAUAUGUGUCGACGCAUCUCUUCCUCUAUUGGACCAAUAUGUGGAACAAAGGGUAGACCACAUGGUUGAUGCUGGUUUGCUUAAUGAAGUCUACGACAUUUACAACUUGAAUGCAGAUUAUACUCGAGGUUUACGACAGGCUAUUGGUGUCCGUGAGUUUGAGGAUUUUCUGAGAGUUCACCUUUUUGAAGGUCAGAACUGUAAAGAAAUUGAUUCGACUGAUGACAGACAUUCCCAGAUGUCAAUAAACAAGGCUGGUAAGUUGUUGAAAGAAAAUAUGAAAGAGAUCCUGAAUUCUUCCGGUGAGAACCAGCUGAAACUUCUAUUGGAAGAAGCCAUUGACAGAGUAAAAGCCAACACAAGAAGACUUGUUCGUCGUCAAAAGAGGAGGCUUAGUAGACUACAAACGUUGUUUGGGUGGAACAUACAUUAUGUUGAUGCAACGGAAUCCUUAUUAUGUGUUUCUAAUGAUUCAUGGACAGCACAUGUGGUUGAACCCUCGGUGAAAAUAAUUAGAUCUUACCUAAAUGAGGAUGCAAGCUUAGUGCCUGAUUCAAAGACCAGAUCCGGUACCGAAGGAUUGAAAUUGAUUCAAAGGGACUUGUGGACUCGAUAUGAAUGCAAGGCUUGUGGAAAUAGGGUGCUUAGAGGGGCACAUGAGUGGGAACAGCAUAAACAAUGCCGAGGCCAUCGAAAACGAAUAUCUUCACUCAGGAAGUCUGGAAAUUUUUGUUCUGUAGAAUAGCCAGCCCUUGAAGCAUAACCCUUUCUUCUGAUAGAGAAUGAUUGUGUUGUUUCAUUACCAUGCGAGGCCAACUUAUUUGAUAGAAAGAAUGCUAGGGUUUAUAUCAGGUGUCUGUGUUUUCAGGAUUCUACUUGCAGUGAAAUUUAAAAGGCUUUUGAAGUAUUGCAAUUGCUGGUUUCUUUUUC